AUGACAAGAACAAUCAUCAACUUAUCCAUCCUUGGCCUUCUAUCUGUUCCAGCCCUCGCCUUGAAUACGGCCUGCUACAAUGACCUGGGCAGUUUGACUCUUUCGCGUUCGACAGAAUACCAAUCCGUGGCUCUGUGCCAGCAAAUCUGCAACGAAGAGAACCAGCCUGUUUAUGCCGUGCAAGACCAGAAAUGUUUCUGUGGAGAUACUCUUCCUCCGCUCUCCGCCAAGGUUGAGAAUACGGAAUGUACGACGAAAUGUCCUGGGUAUCCGGCGGAUUCUUGCGGCGGCCCAAAAACCUACACAAUCGGCACCCUCACCACCAGCAAAUCCCGCCGCGCCAUCUACCCAACCACAACCCCCGAAUCCGACAAAGACACCGAACGAGAAACAGAAACCAACGGCAUCCUCACAGCCCCCGACGUCGACGACGGCGACUCCGACCCUCUCGCCAGUCUAAGCGUCAACCCAACCAUGGUGAAGACCGCCAGUAACGCCCCGUCGACUGCUACCGGCACUAUCGUGACUGCGCCUUCGGGGACUGCGUAUCCCAAUCAGCCGGAUGUUGUGGCUAGCCCUUCGAAGACUCUGACUACUUCGGUGGCUACGGGGAGUGCGAGGGCUUCUGUGUCGGCUUCGGCUUCGGCGUCGGUUAGUGGGGGGGCGACGCCGUCGGCUAGUGUUGUUGCUGGUGGUGCUUCCCAGAUUUCUUCUGAGAGGGGGGUGGUUGUUGGGGUUGUGGCUGGUGUUGUGGGGGUUUGGGGGUUGUUUUAG